AUGGAGUCCGUUGCCUCCCCAGCACCGCCGAAGCGACGGAUCCCCGGUUUGCCGAAUCCAGUGGUAGAAGCAGAGCAGCAAAAAUGGUUAUUCACCGACGAAGAGCUUGAGCGCACGCCGUCGCGAAUCGACAAGAUCGAGCGCGAGAAGGAAGACUACAUUCGGCACCGGGCAAUCGAUUUCAUCUGGCAGGUCAGCCUGAUGCUGAAGUUGCCACCGCAGACCUCCAUGACCGCCACCGUGUAUAUGCACCGCUUCCUCAUGCGCUAUUCAUUGAUGGGCCAAUAUCCGGAGGCCGGGUCCGACCUGAUACACCCGAAAGUGAUCGCCGCUGUGGCCCUGUUCGUCGCGUUCAAGGUAGAUGAGACAAUGCGACGCAUGAAAGACUUUGUUAUCGCCUGCUGCCGCGUCGCCAUGAAGAACCCCAACCUAAUUGUCGACGAGCAGUCCAAAGACUAUUGGAGAUGGCGUGACCUGAUCUUGCAGAACGAGAGCGUCAUGUUGGAAUUUCUCUGCUUUGACUUGCAGCUCGAGUCGCCAUACCGCGCUCUCUGGGACUAUACCCUCUUCUUCGGUGUCCAGGAGAAUCGCACUCUCCGCAACGCCUCCUACGCCUUCCUGAACGACUCCACCUAUACAGUCGUUUGUCUACAAUUCUCGCCCCGCGUUCUGGCCGCUGCAGCCCUCUACGCCGCCGCUCGUCAUUGCCAUGUCGCAUUCCCAGACGACUCCGAAGGCCGUCCCUGGUGGGAGCAAAUCGAUGUCCGUCUCGACGACCUGAUCCGCGCAUGCACGCUGAUCGUCAAGAUCUACGAGCGUGUCCAGCAGAACCUAAGCAAGGGCUACCCAGACUUCGCUCUGUCAGACACAACCCCCAACGACCCAACUCGCAUUUUCGACGGCGACCCGACCAAAUCAGAGACCGAGCAAGCAGACCCUACACGCUCUCUCUCCGUAACAGCCCCCGACUCGGCCCAAAAUGGCCGCAAACGCUCGCGCGAACCAGAGUCCCACCCUUCUUCCUCGCAUGCUCUGGAACCCACCCAGAAUCCCUCUUCUACGCUCAAUGGGCAUGGGGAGCGAUCACCAAAACGCCAGCGGACGGUAACCCCGUCCCUAGAGGGGAGCCAGCCCACUCCAUCUCAGUCAAAACUACCCACCUCUCGUCCGCGCAUCCCCGCCGCGGCAUUACCUCAAUCUCAAUCACAAUCACAAUCGCACUCUCUCCCGAUCGCACCCCCACACCAAAACUCCUCGGCACAAGCAGACCUCCCCCAAAAACCAACCACAGAAGAAAACAGCGCGGAAGAAGGCGAGGUCUCUGAUGAAAAUGAAAAGAACAAAUUCGAUGCUUCGCAGAACCCUCCACUUGUCACGGCGGAUUCCAUUGAUCAGGACAGACCCAAUCCCGAGAAAGGGAAGGACGGGCCUGGUGACGAUGCCGGAAGCGAAGAAGGCGAAAUCUAA